UUAAUGAGUUGUAAGAUCAUUAUUGGCAUUUUACACCAUAUAUAGGGAUGGCAAUGGGUCGGGUCGGGGACGGAUAGUGCAUAUCCGUUACCCUACCCAAAAUAGUUCGGGUUUUACCCAUACCCAUACCCACAUAUGAAACGGGUAGAAAUUAAAACCAUGCCCAUACCCGUUCGGGUUUCGGGUAUCCACGGUUAUCCAUGGGUAAUGAUUUAUCGUCAUAACUCCAACUAAUAUGUUAACAUUCACACGUAUUCUCACAUUACGCAAGAGGAAAAGUAUGAAAAUAAUUCACUAGAACGAAGAAAAUUAGUUAAAACAACACAAUUUCAUGAAAAUAUUAUAUUUAUAUGCUAAAUAUAAAAUAUGUUAGAGAAAAAUAAUGACUAUUUCUAUACAAAAUACAUAUGUAUGUGUAUAAUCGGGCGGGUUCGGGUUGGAUACUGAGAAACCCAUGCCCACCCAUUACCCGCAAUAUUCGGGUUCGGGUUUUACCAGUACCCACUAAAUGUCCUUCGGGUUCGGGUUUUACCCUACCCGAUUAGGCCGGAUUCGGACGAAUAUCCACGGUUACGGAUAUUUUUGCCAUUUAUGGUUUGUAUUCCUGGAGGAUUUUAAUAGACACCAAGAGAGGGAUGAAAUUGAACAGAUAAAUGGGGUCCGGAAGAAAUGGCAGAAGUCGGCCGAGGGGUUUGUGUCGAUCACGACUGAUGCAGCAAUUUUAGAAGGAGGGGGAGCUGGUUUGGGUGUGGUGGCUCGAGAUAGCAAGGGCGACUUCAUCUUGGCGGCGGUUAAGCGGGUUCGAGGUAUAUGGGAAGCUGAACAGGUUGAGGCUCUCGCGAUGGAACUAGGAAUACAAACGGCGACAUUGAUCCAGGCUCCUCGUUUGGUACUGGAAAGUGACUGCCAAACUCUGGUGCUAAGACUGCAGAACUCGAUGGAGGAUGUUACAGACAUGGGAAUCAUCUGCGGCAGCAUCCAACGAGGGAUCAGAAAUAUGGGAGAAGUUCGUGUGACCCACAUUGGUAGAGAAGCGAAUGUUGCAGCACAUCUUAUGGCCCAAGUGAAUGCUAGGUGGGAUGAAAGGCAGGUGUGGUUCGACACACCACCAUUGAUGUUAUUGAAUCAAUUACUGUUAGACAAUGUAAUCGAUUCGCUUAAUUAAUAAAAGCUCACAGGUUCCCGUAAAAAAAACACCAUAUAUAGGUUUGUAUCAUAUUUAGAUUUGAAUUAGGUUUUGAUUGCUUCGCGCUAAUUUGUUAAGCUUUAAACAAAAACGACUUUUGUUGGGCCAUGAACUGUAACUUGAACACUCAGUUGGGCCACUCUCCAAGUUCCUCCUCUUUGGGCCAAGCAUUACUGCAUUAGCAAAGGUCAUAUAUUAUUUUGCUAGAUUAAUCAUUUGGUUUUUUACAUAAUAUCGAAAUAGUGUCUGCAGGGAAUGUGAUAUUGAAUGUUACACAAAAAACCAGAACAUGCAAC